UUCCCUUUGGAACAUCGACAAUGGUCUCCAGCUCCAUAAUUAUCGCUGUUUUUAUCCGACAGAAGAGGAAUACAAAAAAAAAAAAGAAAAACAUUUUUAUUUCAAUCGAUCAAUAAUUCCCCCUAAUUUCUACCCCAAAUUUUGUUAUUUGUAGAGAGAAACAGCAAAACAGAAGACCAACGAAGAAGAAGAAGAAAUUGAAGAAGCAUCUCCGUUUCUUCAAAUCUUCGUUGCUCAAACACAACAAUCUUCAAAACCCAGACAGAUUUCUGGCUUUUCCGACCAACCCACGUUCGGAAAAGAUCAGAACUUUAUCGCCUGCAUUUCUCUCCGGCGAAGGAAACAAAGGGUUUUUGGGUUUCUUUUUUGUUCUUCUGGGUUGUGGAUUCGUUGAAUCUGCGGCAGUUUCAGAUGCCGGAGAAGGGCCUGCUUCGAGCGACGUCGCAGCCAUGGCUUUUCGUGUCGUCUCCGUUGGUACAUUCCCGUUUUUGGGUACUCACAGGGUUGGUUCUUCUCAGUAUGUUGGCCGUUUGGAGUAUCGACGGCUUCAACGUUAAUACCUUCAUCAAAUUUUGGAGCUCCCCUCAAGAUUUCGUCUCUGUUUCUUCCAAUUUCACCAAUACCCAUUUUAAUUUAUCCACUAAGGAUUCCAAUUUCACCCAAUUCGUCUCUUACAAACCCGAAAAUUACCCGGAAUCUGCGUUGUUUGAACCGGUUUCGCCGCAUAAUUCCACCGGCGAACCUCGCCGGAUUGAGAAUGAACCGGCGGUUCCCUUCGCGUAUUUUUCUGAUUGGUUUUCAGCUGAACUCGAGGCUAAUUAUACCUCCAAUCUUCUGGCUUUAUGGAAGACUCCCGGCGGCGAACCCUGCAGAGACUCCCGGACGGCGGACAUUGCUAUUUCCGGCAUGGAAGGUCCGGGAGUGGUGGAGCUUUCGACAGGGGAUGUUCAUGAGUUUCGGUUUCAAGCUGUUGAUGAAUCUGGAAACCCUCGUUGUCUAGGUGGAGACUAUUUUGAAACUGAUCUUUCCGGCGAGUGGUGGAAGUCUCGGCCGUUUGUUAGAGAUUUGGGGAAUGGGACUUACUUGUUUUGGGUUCAGGUGCACCCUGAUUUCGCCGGUGAUUAUGAACUGACUGUGAUUCUUCUGUUCCGAAGUUUCGAGGGGCUGAGGUUUUCCCCGACCCGAUUCGCGUACGAUCGAGAGCUUCGGAGAAUCAAGGUUCGAUUUGUUAGGACUUCGGUGGAGUUGCCGGAGAUUAAGAGUUGUGGAAGGUGGGAUUUUGGUAGAGAGAUUUGGACGGGACGGUGGACUCGACACGGUCGAAAUGAGAGUUGCGAGAUCAGUGAUGACGGUCGGUACCGGUGUUUUCCACCGGAGUAUCCUUGCCGGAGGCCUUGGUGCAAUGGGUCAUUGGGGUUGUUGGAGAGCAAUGGUUGGGUUUAUUCAGCACAUUGUUCAUUUCAGAUGUUUACUAGUGAUUCUGCUUGGGAUUGCUUGAAGGGUAGAUGGAUCUUCUUUUGGGGUGAUUCGAAUCAUGUCGAUACGAUAAGGAACCUUCUGAAUUUCGUGUUGGAUUUGCCUGAAAUCCCUGCAGUUCCGAGGCGAUUCGAUAGGAAUUUUUCGAACCCGAAAAACCCGUCUCAAACGGUUCGCAUUACCAGCAUCUUCAAUGGCCAUUGGAAUGAUACACAAAACUAUGAAGGUUUGAAUUCAUUGAGAAAUGAGGGAUUCAGAAAUCUCCUGUACAAGUACUUCUCCGAACAAACCGUUCCCGACACGAUCAUCAUGAACUCGGGCCUCCACGACGGUGUUCACUGGUUGAAUAUCCGAGCUUUCUCGGUCGGGGCAGCCUAUGCUGCAUCAUUUUGGAAACAACUUCUGGAUUCCAUCAUGCAGAGGGGAUUAACAGUCCCGAAAGUGUUCUACCGAACCACGGUCGCAACCGGUGGCUACGCUCGAACACUCGCAUUCAAUCCCAACAAAAUGGAAAUAUUCAACUGGGUCGUGCUGGAGAAGUUAAAGGAAUCCGGGAUCAUCCACGGCGUCAUCGACAACUUCGACAUGACCUUCCCCUGGCAUUUCGACAACCGAUGCAACGAUGGAGUACAUUACGGUCGAGCUCCGGCCAAGCUCACAUGGAGGGACGGCCAAAUCGGCCACCAAUAUUUCUUAGACCUCAUGUUAGCUCAUAUUCUUCUCAAUGCACUCUGUUCUUGAUUCAACAACACCACAACAUUCUUUGCUACCUUAAAAUCCCCAUUCAUCCAGGAUUUACCCACUUCAAUCCUCAACCAGCUGCAGUAAUUUCUUGAUAUUGCGCAGUAACUUUUGCUGGAGUUAAUUUGUAACUCAUUUAAUUUGUUUAUAUUUUGGAAUUUUGGGAUGUGCUACCCAUGUUCUAUAAUGUUCAUUAUUUAUAUAAUCUCGACCCCUAGCUGGGUAUCAAA